AUGGAUUCGCUUUUGUUUGAAGCCGCCGGCCGGACGGUUAAUCCAGUGAAUGGAGCGGUGGGGCUUUUAUGGACUGGCAACUGGCACGUGUGUCAAGCGGCGGUGGAGACCGUCCUCCGUGGUGGCGCGUUGCGUCCGAUACCGGCGUUUCUCGGUGGAAGUCCAUUGAAAUCAGAACUUUAUGAGGCCUCCGAAGUGUCUACUGAAAUCUUUAAGACUCAAGAUCCGAGCUUGAAUUCUCGAUCAACGGUGCAAAAGCGUAGGCGUUCAGAUCAAUCAGAAAAACUAGUGCAGUUCACAGAUCUUGAUCUCAGUUUAACUCCUGUUUUUCCGGCGACUGUUUUUCCUGAGAAGCCGCGACCAGGGACGCCCUCGAGGAAUUCUGAAGAAUCUGUGACAACGGCGUGUUGUGAAAAUGGUUUUGGAGAUCAUCGCAGUGCACCAGGAGGAGAACCAAAGCUUCUUAACCUGUUCAAUUAGGUUUAUCUAGCAGAUAUUUUUACUGUUCAUUUUUGAUCUUUUGUUUUUCUUUCUGGUGGGUAGAUUUUUCUCCGAACCGAAUCCCGGCGAGUUUUUUGUAAAUCACCGGCACAUGAUUUCCCCAAACAGGUGGGAAAAAUGAAAGUUCUCCGGUGAUUCCUUCUUCUUGUAGUCAAUUUUUUUUUCCUUGUUUUCUUUUUUCUGUUCCACCAUGACUUGCUUGACGUGAAUAAACUACUUACUUUGGUC